GGAAGACAGGAGGCUCUAGCAGGUGAGACAUGGCUGAGGAAGGAAGCAAGAGAGACUCCAUCAAGAUGAAUAUGAAAGGAUGCCAGACAAACAAUGGCUUUGUGCAAAAUGAAGACAUCCCAGAGCUGGACCUGGAUCCAGGCAGCUCGGAGCACAUCCUUGGGCCAGAGGAGCCCAACGCCAAGAACAUCCAGCCCUACGCAGGGAUGCCCAAGGAGGUGCUGUUCCAGUUCUCGGGCCAGGCCCGCUACCGCGUGCCCCGGGAGAUCCUCUUCUGGCUCGUCGUGGUUUCUGUGCUCGUGCUCAUUGGGGCCACCAUAGCCAUCAUCGCCAUCUCUCCAAAGUGCCUUGAUUGGUGGCAGGCAGGGCCCAUGUAUCAGAUCUACCCGAGGUCAUUCAAGGACAGCGACAAGGACGGGAAUGGAGACCUGAAAGGUAUUCAAGAUAAACUGGACUAUAUCACAACUUUAAAUAUAAAAACCAUUUGGAUUACUUCAUUUUAUAAAUCAUCCCUCAGAGAUUUUAGAUAUGGUGUUGAAGAUUUCCGAGAAAUUGAUCCUAUUUUUGGAACAAUGGAAGAUUUUGAGAACCUGCUGGCAGCCAUCCAUGAUAAAGGUUUAAAACUAAUCAUUGAUUUCAUACCAAAUCACACCAGUGAUAAACACGCUUGGUUUCAAUUGAGUCGGACACGGACAGGGAAGUAUACUGAUUAUUAUAUCUGGCAUGACUGUGCCCAUGAAAAUGGCAUAACCACUCCACCCAACAACUGGUUAAGUGUUUAUGGAAACUCCAGUUGGCACUUCGAUGAAGUGCGAAACCAGUGCUAUUUUCACCAGUUUUUGAAAGAGCAACCAGAUUUAAAUUUCCGCAACCCUGAUGUUCAAGAAGAAAUAAAAGAAAUAAUGCAGUUCUGGCUCACCAAAGGUGUUGAUGGCUUUAGUUUCAAUGCUGUUAAAUUUCUCCUAGAGGCAAUGCAUCUGAGAAAUGAGAUUCAAGUAAACGCAUCACAAAUCCCGGACACGGUCACACGCUACUCAGAGCUGUACCAUGACUUCACCACUACACAGGAGGGGAUGCAUGACCUUGUCCGCAGCUUCCGGCAGACCAUGGACAAGUACAGCAGGGAGCCCGGCAGAUACAGGUUCCUGGGCACAGAAGCCUAUGCGGAGAGCAUUGACAGGACCAUGAGGUACUACGGGUUGUCAUUUAUCCAAGAAGCCGAUUUUCCUUUCAACAAUUACUUCACCACUCUAGACACUCUUUCUGGGAACACUGUGUAUGAGGUUAUCACAGCCUGGAUGGAAAACAUGCCCGAAGGAAAAUGGCCCAAUUGGAUGACUGGUGGACCAGACAUCACACGGCUGACUUCUCGUCUGGGGAACCAGUAUGUCAACAUCAUGAACAUGCUGCUUUUUACACUUCCUGGAACUCCCAUAACUUACUAUGGAGAAGAAAUAGGGAUGGGAAAUAUUUUAGCCACAAAUCUCAAUGAAAGCUAUGAUGUGAACACCCUUCUCUCCAAGUCACCAAUGCAGUGGGACAACAGCUCCAAUGCUGGUUUCUCUGAAGGCAAUCACACCUGGUUACCCACCAGUUCAGAUUACCACACUGUGAAUGUUGACGUCCAAAAGACCCAGCCCACAUCAGCUUUGAAGUUGUACCAAGCUUUAAGUCUACUUCAUGCCAAUGAACUGCUGCUCAGCAGGGGCUGGUUUUGUCUUCUGAGGAAUGAUAGCCGCGUUUUGGUGUACACAAGAGAGCUGGAUGGCAUAGACAGAGUCUUUAUUGUGGUUCUGAAUUUUGGAGAAUCAACACUGCUGAAUCUACAGGAAAUGAUUUCAGGACUCCCCGUAAGACUGAGCAUAAAAUUAAGUACCAAUUCUGCCUCCACAGGCAGCCAGGUUGAUACGAGAGGCAUUUUUCUUGAGAGGGGAGAGGGAGUCCUCCUUGAACACAAAAUGAAGAACCUCCUUCACCGCCAAACAGCUUUCAGAGACAGAUGUUUCAUCUCCAGUCGAGCAUGCUACUCCAGCGCAUUAGACAUACUGUACAGCUCCUGUUAGGCAGCUGAGAGGACGGAGACGCGGCACCCGCAGCACUGUAAGCAUUAGCAGCGUGCGGCUAGGGCAGCGCUGGGAAUGGCCAUUAGGUGCUUCUGUAGAUUCAGUUACACUGUUAGGAAAGCUUCCCAAAUCUUUUCAAAGAAUAAUAAAUGUUUCAAAGGAAAUGACUAAUUGUAGAAACUUGUAACUUUAUCAAUAGCAUCAAUAUGUGAUGAACAGAACACUUUAAGACCCCAGAUUAUUUGAAAGCUCUACUGAAUUUUAAUGUGAACCUUCUUCCUUAAAAUACAGUCAUGGAAACUGGAGAAUGACUCACUGCCACAGUAUCUAAAAAUGCUCACGGGCACAAAGGCACGACAUUGAUUUGUAAACGUCAAAGAAAAUCCUAGUAAAAUAGGCACAAAACAAAGACAUUCCGAUUGGAAGGGAGGCCCAGGGGUGGGCUUGUCCCCAACCCUUUCCUCGCCUCCUUCUCCAUGCUUCUGAGGAGCAUGGGUGAACCUGCCUAGGUUGAGUGACAUCAAUGUGCAUCAAUGGAGAGCACAGGAUAAGCCAGUGAGACCAGACUAAGCAAAAUCCGGAUGGAGAAGCAAGUUUUUAAAAAUUAUUUAAUAACUGAAAAAAAAAUCUCACUUUUGCUAAUCUAAGUGGAAAUAAGACUAUAAAAUAUUUCAGUGUGUUUUCAACCUCCAACUGAAUGUGGCAUUUCAGAAUUUUAGGUAUUUCUUAAGAUCCUCGAAAACACGGGUGCUGUCAAGUCCAAGUUCCUCAUACAGGAAUUUAAUUUGGGCUGUAAUCUAAAAGAAACAUUUAAAAAAUUAGAAUGGUUUUGUGGUAAAACUCCAGCAUUCAAGUUUUUCUUCUUCCCAAAUUCACCUAACCCCAAAGCCAGCAAUUUAUAAGAGUAUUUUAUUUAGGGCAGCGUGAAAAGGCUCUAACAAUUAAGAUUCAGCCACACACUUUCUUUAACAGAGAGCUCAUGACCAAAUAUGAGAGUGCCUUUUCUCUGGACUGAUUUAGUGUCCCUCUCCUCCCUCCUGGGUCUCGGCCACAGAACCCUGUGAAAAUGUAAAUACAACACAGCUCUACCUGGGACGCCUCAGCCGGGGGAACUCGGUAACAUACCUUUUUGUGAGAAUCCUCAAUCACAUGAUUGCCUCCAGGCUGAAUAUCUAAAAUAAUAUUCGGGGCCUGAUAGCCUGAAAAAGUUAAGGUAUAAAACAAUUAGAAGGUCUUGCAAAGACUGGGACCCAUUUCUUCCCUCUCCUCUUGGAUACUCUGUUCAAAGACUAGCAAAGAAACCACCAUUAGCAGCAGUGACAAGGAGAUGGGAGGCGCCCGGGAGUAGAAGACCCGCUUCUGACCCGGAAAGCUGGAGGCGGCGGCUGGUGGCUGAGGAAGCCACGUGAACAGACGGUGGCAGCACGCCGGCAAGGCUGUGACCGAGGAGGGAGUCCAUCAGCCAUAUAGCAGCUGAGUCUGGUUACUGGAAACACCAGCCACAGCAAUGCAUGACGUGAGGACGGGGGCUGAGGACAGGGACACUGUCUGACUUGUAUGUGGGUUCCUGCCACUGUUGAACCCAGAAUGUCCUGAUGUACAGUUCCAAGGCAAAAAGGAAGCGGUCUUAUCUAAUGAAAGAUCAACAGGAAACUGAAGCAGCUAGUUGAGGCAUUGAAGCCCUAAAGGAAAAAAACCUCAAUCUGUCUGAGAGAUUCCUAGGAAAAAUGAUUAGUAAAUAUUGCUAAAUGAUUAUGAUCUAAAUUAGUGCAUCUAAACAUUAUAUACGAUCAUUAAAUUUA